CCCGUCCCGCCGCCGCGGCCCCGCCGAGCCAUAAAGCCCAUGGGGAGCCGGCCGGGCUGAGCACGGCGGGACCCGCGACCCCCCCAGCAAGAUGACGUCCUCCACCAAGGUGUACUACAGCCAGACCACGCAGACCGACAGCCGCCCCCUGAUGGGGCCGGGGCUGCGUCGGCGCCGCGUGCUGACCAAGGACGGCCGCAGCAACGUGCGCAUGGAGCACAUCUCGGACAAGCGCUUCCUGUACCUCAAGGACCUGUGGACCACCUUCAUCGACCUCCAGUGGCGCUACAAGCUCCUGCUCUUCUCCGCCACCUUCGCCGGCACCUGGUUCGCCUUCGGCGUGGUGUGGUACCUGGUGGCGGCGGCGCACGGCGACCUGCUGGAGUUCGAGCCGCCCGCCAACCACACGCCGUGCGUGAUGCAGGUGCACACGCUCACCGGCGCCUUCCUCUUCUCCCUCGAGUCGCAGACCACCAUCGGCUACGGCUUCCGCUACAUCAGCGAGGAGUGCCCGCUGGCCAUCGUGCUGCUCAUCACCCAGCUGGUGCUCACCACCAUCCUGGAGAUCUUCAUCACCGGCACCUUCCUGGCCAAGAUCGCGCGGCCCAAGAAGCGCGCCGAGACCAUCAAGUUCAGCCAGAACGCCGUGGUGGCGCAGCACGACGGCAAGACCUGCCUGAUGAUCCGCGUGGCCAACAUGAGGAAGAGCCUUCUGAUCGGCUGCCAGGUCACCGGCAAGCUGCUGCAGACGCACCUGACCAAGGAGGGCGAGAGCGUGCGCCUCAACCAGCUCAACGUGGACUUCCAGGUGGACACGUCCUCGGACAGCCCCUUCCUCAUCCUCCCGCUGACCUUCUACCACGUGGUGGACGAGGCCAGCCCGCUGCGGGACGUGUCCCUGCGCUCGGGCGACGGCGACUUCGAGCUGGUGGUCAUCCUGAGCGGCACCGUGGAGUCCACCAGCGCCACGUGCCAGGUGCGCACGUCCUACCUGCCCGAGGAGAUCCUGUGGGGCUACGAGUUCACGCCGGCCAUCUCGCUGUCGGCCAGCGGCAAGUACGUGGCCGACUUCAGCCUCUUCGACCGCGUGGUGAAGGUGGCGGCGCCGUGCUGUCACCACGAGGCCGUGCGGUUCGGGGACCCCGAGAAGGUCAAGCUGGAGGAGUCGCUGCGCGAGGCCGAGCGGGACGGGGAGGGGGCCCCGCUCAGCGUCCGCAUCAGCAACGUCUGAGAUGGGGGACACGGAGGUGACAUCGGAGCCGGGGCCAGGGGUGGCCAGGGGUGGUGGCGGAGCG